AUGGUGCUACCAAAAUUGAAGGAUGAAAAGGCAGUACUGCCAUUUUUGCUUCGUAUUCAAAGCAUAGCAGGAUUGUGGGGUGAUCGAUCCCAACGGUACCGAUUCUAUUUGAUUUUUGCCUAUUUCAUCGUCAUGGUGGUCAUGCCGAAAGUGCUGUUUGGCUAUCCAGAUCUGGAGAUUGCGGUUCGCGGCACGGCAGAGCUGAUGUUCGAAUCGAACGCAUUUUUCGGCAUGCUAAUGUUUUCCUUUCAGCGAGACAACUAUGAGAAGUUAGUUCAUCAGCUGCAGAAUCUGGCAACGAUUGGUGAGUAUUCAGAAUUUAACGUGCAGAAUGCUUUUCAAUGUGAACAGGGAUUUAGUUCUACGGUGGCAAACGUUUGCGUGCAAAUCAUUUUGGUAACGGUGGAAACUUACGGCUAUUGCUACUUCGGAACUGACCUAACUACGGAGAGCUUUGGAGUAGCACUUGCUAUUUACGAUAGUGACUGGCACAAAUUUCCUGUUUCAACGCGCCGGAAGCUACAGCUGCUUUUGCAACGAUCGCAGAAACCGGUCGGAGUAACAGCCGGGAAGUUCCGUUUCGUCAACGUAGCUCAGUUUGGCAAAAUGUUGAAGAUGUCCUACUCGUUCUACGUGGUCUUGAAGGAACAGUUUUAGAAGAAAUUUAGUCACCGGAGGCAAUUAAAAAAGCCCUUUCCCCCGUGCCUUUU